AUGGACGGAGACUGGGAUGAGGUCGCUCGCAUUCCAUUUCCGCCUCCGGGCCCCCAUGCGCUGCCGACGCAGGUCUCCACGAUGGCCUUUGACACCUCCCAAGAGAUUCUCUGGGCUGGUAACGAAUAUGGUCGAGUCACUGCCUUUGUAGGCACCGAGCUUCAACGCUUCACCACAUACAAGGCACAUCCAAGCACAGACGGGCCUGUUCGGCAGAUCUUGACAAACGAUAAGGGCGUUGUGACAUUGGGUCCCAAGAACGUGCAUAUGGCGACUAGGAAAGGGGCCACCAUGUGGCACAUAUACCACGAGGAUAUGAAAGACCUAAAGUGCAUGAGCUUUACUUCAAAGGGAACGGCAGAGAUCAUAGUCGCUGGUCUGCAAAACACCAUGUUUGUUAUUGACCUCAUUAAAGGGGAAGUCGUCAAACAGGUUCCAACCGACCAUCAAUACCUGAUCAUGAAGCGCGGCCGCUAUAUCUGCGCGGCAACAAGGGACGGAUCGGUACACCUUCUGGAUCCCAUCAACUUUGCCAUCGUCAAGACCUGGAAUGCGCAUUCAGCCUUAAUCAACGACAUGGAUGCUCAGCACGACUUCAUUGUUACAUGCGGCUACUCGCUUCGCCAGGGCCAGAAUUACAUGCUGGAUCCCUUCCUCAAUGUCUUCGAUAUCAAGAAGAUGUCAUCGAUGCCGCCGAUCCCGUUCCCCGCCGGCGCGGCAUAUGUACGCAUGCACCCGCGCAUGCUCACAACCAGCAUUGUGGUGUCGCAAAGCGGCCAGAUGCAUGUGGUGGAUCUCAUGAACCCAAACACCAGUAAUGUACGACAGGCCAAUGUACUGAGUUACCUCAGCAUGUUUGAGAUCGCCCCUUCCGGCGAGGCCAUGGCUCUCACCGAUGCAGAGUGCAACAUCCAUUUGUGGGGAUCACCAUCCAAACUUCAUUUCGUGGACCUACCUACGCCCAUGGAACUCACCACAACUGAAGAACCAGUUCAGCCUCUGGAAUGGAAUUCCGACGCCCCUUUGAACGCUGUCGGCGUGCCAUACUACAGAGAAAAACUUGCCUCUGCGUGGCCUGAAACCAUCGCAGACGUUGGAGCACCUCCAGCCAGACUCGAUCCGCAAUUUCUUGCGAGCUUAAAACCUACCGACUUUGGAUUCUAUGGUCGGAAUACAACAGGCCUUCGCAGGAACCAGAUUGAAGAUACUCGGAGCUCAAAGAAAUCCGCUAAAUCCGGCCUUAAAGCUCCCAAAUUUCUCAGCGAAAAGGCUCGAGAAUCUGCCAAAUCAGAUUCGACGUCUGCUGGAGAAAAGGCAGACGAACUCUCGAAUCCAUUUGCAGAAAUGGAAAUUGAGAGCAGAAAAUCGGAAUUCCCAAUGAUGUACAGAAACGUCGAAAUCAAAUACAGCAAAUUUGGUGUCGACGAUUUCGACUUUGGCUUUUAUAAUACAACACGAUACUCUGGCCUUGAGAUUCACAUAUCGAACUCGUACGCCAACUCACUUCUUCAAAUCAUGAACUUCACACCCUUGAUUCGAAACUUGGCUUUACAACAUGCAGCCACAGCCUGUGUGAGCGAAGUCUGUCUCCUUUGCGAACUGGGAUAUCUUUUCGACAUGCUUCAGAAAGCAGAAGGAUCAAUCUGCCAGGCUACAAAUAUGCUCAAGACUCUCAGCAGCCACCCUCAAGCUGCUCCCCUGGGAUUACUGGAGGAGGAUACACAUUCGGCAUCCUUAAGUGUAAUGCUACAGACACUAACUCGGUUCUUGUUGGAGAGAAUUGCUGGAGACUAUAAGACUAUGGCUCCAGCUUCCUCCUCGAUGGAUCAGGUAUUGGCGACCAAAGCAACUAGCUCCAUCAGAUGCAUGAAUUGCAGGAGCGAGUAUACUCGACCUGGAUCGACAUAUGUAAACGAAAUGCUUUAUCCACCUCUUAAAGCCCCAGGUCGAAACAACAAAAUCCCUCGCACCACUUUCUCCCAAAUUCUUAAGGGCAGCGUGGAGAGAGAGACGACAGCGAAAGGAUGGUGCAGCAGAUGCCAACGGUAUCAAACCAUUGCAACCAGAAAAACCAUUCACAGCGUCCCGGACGUCCUGAUGCUCAACACCGCAAUCGUCAAUGCGGAUCAUCGAAUGCUUUGGAACACACCUGGCUGGCUACCAGAGGAAAUCGGCAUCAUCGUCGAGCAAGGCCAGUUCUUUUGCUACGAGGGCGAAGAUUUGAAGCUUCACUUACAACGUGGCAUUCAUAAUAUCACAGUCUAUUCCUUGAUCGGAAUGACUAUCAGCAUCGAGAGCAGCCAGGCACAAAAGCCGCAUCUCGUAGCCAUGGUUAAUGUCGCUCAUGCUGAACCAACCGCUCCCGGCCAGAGCCAAUGGCACUUAUUCAACGACUUUCUAGUCCGCUCUGUGAGCUCAGAAGAAGCUCUUUCCUUUACCCACUCUUGGAAAGUUCCAUCUGUUGUCACGUUCCAAGUGAAGAAUGCAAACAACAAGAUCGAUAACAGCUGGAAGAACAACAUUGAUACAUCGCUUCUCUAUCAGGAUCUCAAUCCUAGCUCUCGCACCGAGAACAAGACAUACAAGCUUCUGGAUCCAGUAACAGAGCGACCUGGGCCAGAGACCAUCAUUGCACUGGACACCGAAUUCGUUGCGGUGCGACAACCAGAGAUUGAGAUGAACUCGGACGGCGAACGAGAAACCAUCCGACCAAUAGUCUACGCACUCGCCCGCGCCUCCGUCGUCCGAGGCCAAGGUGUAGACGAAGGCGUCCCCUUCAUCGACGACUAUAUUUCCAUCAGAGAACCCAUCGUCGACUAUCUAACAUCAUAUUCGGGCAUCACCGCAAACGACUUAAAUCCACACACCACAAAACACAGCCUGCUGCCGCUAAAGGUGGUAUAUAAAAAGCUUUGGAUACUACUCAACCUCGGUUGCAAAUUCUUGGGCCACGGACUGAAGCAAGACUUCCGUGUCAUCAACAUCCACGUCCCCAAAUCGCAAAUCAUCGACACCAUCGAUCUCUUCUUCCUCAAAUCACGCCUGCGAAAGCUGUCGCUCGCCUUCCUGGCAUGGUACCUGCUCAAAGAAGACAUCCAAAUGGAGACGCACGACUCCAUCGAAGACUCCAGGACGGCCCUCCAGCUGUAUAGAAAAUACCUUGAGUUCAAGGACGCUGGAAUCUUGGAGACUAUGCUACAGGACAUUUACCGCGCCGGCAGGGACGUCAACUUUAAACCUCCGCGAAGGGAUGGCGCGCUGGACGUCCCCAGAUCAGAGACGCCGCCUCCUUUGCCUGUGGAGAAUGGGAGCACACCCACCCUCACUCCUGGGCCGCCAACUACGCCUGCGAGAGGAAGGGGAUUCGGAAGUGGAGUCAGUUGGACACCGGGAAAAGGUUCACCUAUGAGGUGA